UCUACAUAUACAAUGCUAUGACGUAACCUAAUUUUGACACUUCUUCAUAUUCCCUCUGAUCGUACUUGAUAACUGACACUCUGCUGCGACUGUUCGCACACCUCUUGCAAUAUCCUCAGACUCAUUGCCAGGGGGAUAAUCAAGGUCCCAUCGAGAAGUAUUUGUCGCCCUUCACUCAUCCAUCUGAUCAACAGAACGCCUUUGCGGAACCAUGGGCUGGCAGAAGACGUUCACAUUGGCGAGGAAAGCCAAAGGAUGUCAUCUCAUCACAGACGAGAUUGUACAACACGUCCAGCCGGGUCUACGGGGAGUCCAGGUCGGAAUGUUAUUCCUAUUCAUUCAACAUACCUCCGCUGCCUUGACCAUAAAUGAGAACUACGACCGCGAUGUUAGAACGGACAUGGACAUGGCCUUAGAUAAGAUCGUUCCAGAGAACCUGAACUGGCUGCACACAGAUGAAGGACCAGAUGAUUCUGUUUCGCAUACAAAGACGUCAUUGAUUGGAAAUACCAUCUCCAUUCCAAUCACAGAAGGCCGUCUGAACCUUGGAACAUGGCAAGGAAUAUACCUUACGGAGUUCCGCCACGCUCCCCAUUCCCGACGAGUCGUAGCGACAAUCCUGUCGUGAGAGAGACUGAUAUCGAAUGGCACAAUCUGUAUAAGAACAAUACUCUGUUGAUACCAUGGUUACACUUCACACGAAUAGACGGGCUAAGACCAAACUGGAGAAAUCCCCAUUGCGACGGUGUAGAUUCAUCAUCGAGUAAUGCGACCUCCUUCACUUUGGAAAUCAUUGGGGACCUUCGAUGAGGAACAGUGACGAACAGGUUAGUGAUGGUAACGGUUGAAUAGGAACCGGACCCCAGUCUUAUUUCCGUUGGAAAUUCAUGAAUUGUUCCGUUAGUAAAGACUGACGGAGCUUGGAGGCUCUGUUGUGCAGCACCUUGCAAGAGAGUUGAAUCAAGAAGCUUGCCUGGACCCUGCACCGGACGGUGCUUUCAAGCUUCUAUCUAGGAAUUAUACAGCAUUUUAGGGACCCUGUGAUAAUGCGCUGACUGAAGAAGCCCAUGAACUGAACUUUAUCGUCCCUGAUCGUUGACCGCCCGGGGAGGCAUAUGAGUGGUUCUCGACUCUAGAAAUCUUUUUUGCCGUGGUUUUCUCCCGAUGAAGUCUAACCUUGAAAAGGGUUGCCAUUCUCAGAGCCUGCUUCCUCACGGCAGUAUUUUUAGUUAUAGGCAGGAUAAUCUGAGAAGCGUCCAGCUCUUAGAACCGAUUUUGGCCUUAACGAGG